CUGUCCAUUGUACUGACUCAGCGGCCAUGCGCAAUGGAUCCAGAGGAGGGCUGUGCUGUGUAGGUUGUAUAAAGAUCACCCUCUGUCUGGGGGAUUGCAGACGCUGUCGACUAUGGGGAGCAGCUGAGAGCCUUGACUUCCAUGCAUAAGUGUUAUUACGCGCAUAUCCUCCAGACGCACCGAGGUACGACUCCGGCAAAUGGGAAAACAUAAAUGCAGGAUAGUUUGACGGACUGUCCAGGAUCUCUCCAGGCCCCUCGAUGACUGACCAUCACGGAUCACCGAUGCAGAGCGCAGCGACGAUGCGGUGACUCUGCUCUACUCGUCGGGUUCCUUUUGCCGGUUCCAGUUGGUGGUAAUAAUAAUAAUAAUAAUAAAAAAUCCAUGAUGAAGUUCAAGCCGAACCAGACCAGGACCUACGAUGGCGAGGGCUUCAAGAAACGAGCGGCAUGUCUGUGCUUCAAGAACGAGCGUGAAGAAGAGGUGUUGCUGGUUAGCAGCAGUCGGCACCCGGACCAGUGGAUCGUCCCUGGAGGAGGGAUGGAGCCAGAAGAGGAGCCAUGUGGGGCCGCAGUGCGGGAGGUGUUUGAGGAGGCUGGUGUGAAGGGCAAGCUGGGACGUCUGCUUGGUGUAUUUGAGCAAAACCAAGAUCGGAAGCACCGGACAUAUGUGUAUGUCCUCACUGUCACUGAAACCCUGGAAGCCUGGGAGGAUUCUGUCAACAUAGGCCGUAAGAGGGAGUGGUUCACCGUGGAAGAAGCCAUCAAGGUGUUGCAGAGUCACAAACCGGUCCAUGCCGAGUAUCUCCGGAGGCUUCAGCUCAGCUGCUCCCCCACUAAUGGAAACUCGUUACUCCCAAGCCCACCAGCAAAUGACAACUACCCCCAUUACAGUGCUACUGCCCCCUCUACGGCCAGUGUUUUGGGCUCGUCGCGCAGAUAGGACUACCCCGAACUUUCCUGUCUUGUCCACCUUCAAACCUGGACAGUCAGCUGAAAGUCUGUACAGUCUACACCCUUGCAUGAAUCUAUGACUUUUCAGAGUUACAGCUCGUAUGUAUGUAAAAUUCCUACUCUUAGUGCCAGGACAGAUCAAAGCCAUUGCUGGAACUGUGUUAAUGACUCACAUAAUGAUGCUGGAGAAAUAGCUCAAGUUCACAGCUCUGGUACAAAUACUGACCUUCAGCAAAAUCAAAAAUGCUUUUUUGAUUUUGGUGAUUUCGGUGGUGGUGUGCCCUCUUACCGUGUCGGCAAACACAGGACUGAUGAGCUCAAGAUUGGGAAGAGGAAGCUGCAGACUCUGCUGGCAUGAAUGGCACCCAUGACACCCGGUGAAGGAAUGCCUUACUGAAAUUUUGUAUGAAUGUUCUAUAUGGUUUAUUUUAUUUCAUCAUUUUUUGUAGUGACAUGAUUAUACCGGCUUGUAAAUUAAAGGGCGAUUCACCAUGAAAUAAGUGGUGCAUCUAGACUGAAGAAUAUCUUAGCAGCCUGUGGUGAUGAAAAAAAGACAGCACAGCACUGAUCUGUGUCACUGAUAUCUUUUUUUAUUAUUAUUAUUAUUUCGGGGUGAAAUUUCCUUUACACCACAGAAACUCUUUUCUGGAGAUGAAAAGUUUGUGGUAAAAUGAAAUAUUGCCCAGCUGAAAUAUUUCAGGCCACCUCUCCAAACUGAAAGCCAAUAUAAAUCUGAGUUAAGUUACUAACUAUUUUAAAAGAUCUGCUAAUCUAUGUUGGAAACAUUGAGCUUUUACUAUCAGGAGGAAAUUUUCCCAAAAUGAAUAUAUGAUAUUUUUGAAAGGCAUCUUCAUAUUAAAUGUAGAGUGAUCAGCUCAUUUUAGGAGUGAGUGAUCCAAAAUGGCCAUAACAGAGUGGCAGGUUCAAAGGUCAAAGGUUUUCUGUCUCACUUGACGUUGCACCAGCUGUGGCUGAGUUGCUACCUCAGUAAACAAAUGACUGGAAAUAAGUUAUGAUGCUGUUUUUGUCUUUGACACGACCCUGUGUUUGGUUCAAUUCAAUCCAGUGUCUGUAAAAUACAAGUUGAGUAAAACAGACUGAUGCAACAAAUCAGUUUUCUGUCCCUUUAAAGCUGUUUAACAUUCAUCAACCAAUCUGCCCAGUUCUUGGAUCGCCCUAUGCUGUUAAAGAAGAUGUAUAUAAUGAUGCAAAGUAUGUAUCUUUGCCUUAAGUUGUAUGUACUGCCUUGAACCAGGGUGGAUGUCAACUCAUUUCACUUCAGUUAAUUCAGGAAGUUGGUUUUCUUCAAAAUCCAAAAAUAGACACACUUUUAUUUUCUUAACAAUUUGUAAACCUUGAAUGAAGUUACUGGGACUGACUGUUCUAUUGGUAAGCUUUUUUUUUUUCAUUAUAAUAUACUGAAUUAAUGCCCUUUGCAGCUAAACAGGCAGAGCAUGGCACGUUGCCAGAGUUACGAGUUGUGAUCACACUGGGGCCCCUGAUGCCAAAAGUCUGCGUUAAGGUACUGACCUGAUUGAUUUUUAAAGUGCAUUGGCUCCAACCCUGCCUUACAUCAUGAUUGUUUUCAUUUACAAUGACUUCAAUUACUUACAUCCCGGGAAACCCCAGACACUCACUGAUCUGAUUGUUUUCUCAGCCCAGGCACGGUUUUCCUACAGUUCCACCACCAUCAGGAAACAGUUAUUCUUUUCUUUUUUUGGCCCAGAAAAUUAAAGGUAGCACAAUUUCAGGUAUGACUGUUGUUAAUAUUUUAAGCCUCACUUACGCUGCUGUCGGAAGAAGCAGAAUCUUAAAUGUUUCCCUGCUUAGCUAUAAAAACAUAAGUAGUCCACGUGUUGGAGAUGAAAAAAAUCACAUUUCAGAUUAAUUUUUUAGUGCUUCUUUAGUCACAUGCAUAAACAAAGGGCAUGCUGUGCACUUAAGCAGCAGCCUUGAGGAGAAGUUAUAGGGUGGACAAAGAAAACACAUUCUCACCUUGACACUACCCGUUACCGCCAGAUUUGUACCUCUCUAACUUUGAGAAGAAUAUAUAGAACUUCUUACUGUUUUCCCAAGGAUUACAGACACACGCCCAUGCUGACAGCCGAAUGAAGACAGAAACCUGAACAUGAACAGCGAUUUGUAAAUAGCAUCGAAGAGAAAAUGUUUGAAUUUUUACCCUGAAUGAACCUGUGCAAUUUCUCUUCAUAUUUUAUAUCAUUUCUUUUUUAAAAAAAAAAAAAACAAACAAACAAAAAAAAAACAGUGAACAAAUAGCAGGAAAAAACGUGUAAAAAAAAUCCUCUUCAAUAUGUACAUUUAUAUUAUAGGCAGUUGAUGUGCCACAGGUUGAGGAUGUGAAGGUUGUUUUGUGUGUUUGUGUGCAGAACGGAGACGACUGCAUUUUCAAGUCAUGUUCUGGUGAAACGCUCUGACGUCCAUAAUAAAUGAAGAGUUUCAUGUCAAAAAGGGAUAUCCGAUAGUCUUAAAUGAUUGAUAGCACAAAACCUAAAAAGGAUAGCAGCCAAGUUAAAAUUAAAGCUGGACAAAAAUAAUACAACCUGUACAGAUUGGAUCUUUGAAAUUUUAGAGUUACUGAGUAAAAAGCAUCAGUGUUAUAUAUAUAUAUGUGUAUAUAUAUAUAUAUAUAUAUAUAUAUAUAUAUAUACACACACACAAACCAUAUAGUGUUUUGGAAAUGAAUUUGUCACGUGCAAUUUGGCACAUAUGAAAUCUAGUGUCCAUCAUAAAACGUUAAAUUUUAGGAAACAAAGUCAGGAUGGGGAUGACAAGAAGGAUAUGGAAAGAAAAUUAAAGCUGAAAUUUAGUGUUCAUGGACAUAGAGGAGUGUUUAAUUUGGUGUUGAUUGAUAUUAACUCAUGGUGUGAGUUGUUAAUGUUAUACAACUUUUUCCCCCAACAACUCAGCUGCAGAUUAUUUUUCUCCACAUGUAUAAGUAUUAUAAUUUUAGAGACUGACUUUACCCUCCAUUUUUUACAUUUUAAAUGAUGAACUUCAGAUGAGUUUACCUUCAGAAAUGCCUACAUACAGUAUUUUGGGAUUUCUAACUGGGCCCAUAGGCAUUGUGCAAGCCACUUUCAGCAUGAGAUGUACUUAUCAUGUUUUUUUAAUCAACUUGGAGUCCCCUGAAUCUCAAUCAGAUUGUUCCCCCCUUUUGCUGAAUGCCACAUGUUGAUGUUUGGGUCUGUGCUGACAUGUGAAAGGUGCUACAUGUCAGUGGGCAGAGAGAGCAUGCUUAUGUAGAGCUCUGACUCCCACUGUGGCCACACAAAGUAAAAAAAAUGUCUGUACUCUUGAUGCUGUAAGGCGCUUUGGAUGAAAGCGUCCUCUAAAUGUCAUGUGUUACUUGGAUCCAGACAGCUCUGAAUGUUUGCUGAACAUGUCACAGGGAUGCGUCCAGCACAUUUUCAGCGAAAGCAAACUGAAGCUUUUAAGUGUCACCAUUUUUUCAUGAGUGUCAUGCACAGUUGAACAAGAUAAAGUGACCAAAAGGCCUGAAAUGGAAAGAUUGUACUCAUUCUCAUUCUCGACAUUAAAAAAGGGGAAACUUA